CGGGAAAAUCCCUCCCAAUGAAUUUUCCGGCACUGAUUCCGUCGAACUCCCUUCAUUUUCUCGAGAAAACGAAGCCCCAUUUUCAGAUACGUCGAGGUAGAAUUCCGCUCUGGUCCACAACUCAUCACGUUGGAGCAUAUGUCCAGGCCUCGAGUGAAACCAGUGGCAAAAGAUCAGUCUCAAAGAAAUGUACGGACAGGGAAAAUGAAAACCGAGGACCGCUCAGAUUGGAGAAUGGUGGAAAGGGUUGGAUUCACUUCGUGGGUGUUGGAGGUUGUGGGUUGUCUGCGCUGGCCAUGCUUGCACUCAAACAAGGUUUUGAGGUUAGUGGCUCAAAUAUUGUAUGGAGCAGCUACAUGAAUGGCCUACAAGAUGCCGGUGCACAUUUGUAUAUUGGUCAUUCAGUGUCGAAGUUGAAAGGGAUUAAGGGGUUAAAAUUACCUGAUGCAAUGGUUGUUUCAAGUGCUAUUCCUCAAGACAAUGUGGAGAUUUUGUACGCAAAAGCUGCUGGAGUACCUGUAUACAAGCGUGAUUAUUGGCUGGCAAGGCUAACAGAGGGCUACAAUCUUAUUGCUGUUAGUGGUAGCCACGGGAAGAGUACAACAGCAAGUAUACUGGCUUAUGUUUUAAAAGCAAUGGGUGAUGAUCUUACAGCUGUGGUUGGAGCACAUGUUCCACAGUUUCCAGAAGGAAAUAUUAUCUCAGGUUGUGGUCAAAAUUUUGUGCUGGAGGCUGAUGAAUAUGAUGGUUGUUUUUUGGGAUUAUCACCUUACAUAGCUGUGGUAACUAAUCUGGAUUGGGAGCAUGUUGAUAAUUUUCAAGAUGAGGAGGCUGUUAAAUCUACUUUCAGGAGGUUCCUGAAACUAAUCAAGGUGGGUGGACAUCUAAUAAUAUCUGGGGACAGUCCGGGUGCAUGUUCUUUGCUAAGUCACAGAGGACAAGCAACAGGAUCAGAGUAUUCCAGCGAUGUGAUGUCGGUUCCAAAUUUGGAGCCAUGUGAUAAUCACUAUAGAAUAACAACUUAUGGGAUCUCAAGUCUUAAUGAUUGGUAUGCAUCCUCAGUUCAUUCCAACUUUCACGGUGGUACUGACUACACACUGUGCCAUAGGGGAUAUCGGGUGGCAGACAUCCGUCUACAGAUUACAGGAAUUCAUAAUGUCCUCAAUUCAUUAGCAGUUAUUUCCACAGUGAUGGUGCUUUUCAGUGACAGAAUGCAAUUUUAUGAGUUAAUCGAUCAUUUAAGGUCACACUUGAGAAGUUUCACUGGUGUUUCUAGGCGUUUUGAGAUGGUUGGUACAAUUUACGGAUGCCAUAUAUAUGAUGAUUAUGCACACCAUCCAACAGAAAUUCAUGCAGUUCUUCAAGCAGCACGUCGAAGGUUCCCAUUUAAGGCUCUUUUGGUCGUAUUUCAACCUCAUACUUACAGUCGUCUAGUAGCAUUGAAAGAUGGAUUUGCCACUGCACUCAGUGAUGCAGAUCAAGUUGUGGUUACAGCGGUUUAUCCUGCCAGAGAGACAAAUGUUUGGAAUGUGAGUGGCAGGGAUUUCGCUGCUUCUAUUAUUGGCCCACCAUCUGAAUAUAUUUCUUCUUUGGAGGACGUAGUUGAUAAGUUAGUGCUUCAGAUAUCCAAGGACCUUCAUCGCCAAAUUGUUGUUUUGACCCUUGGAGCAGGUGAUAUUACUACUGUAGGCCCCAAAGUGCUCCACAAAUUGCAACAGAAAUUACAAGCAAACUUGUAAGGUUCCAUGUGGCAGCUGCUUGUGCAUUACUUGAUUGAAUAUGAGAUUUCAGACCUUUGAUGGCUCAAAAUCACCAAAAAGAGAUUCCCAGGAUGAGGAUGAACAUAUCAGUAAUUUAUUGUUCGAAGCCAGCUUCUUUGAGUCAUUACCGACCACCUUGUACUUUGGCAAGAAACAAAUCUCCUUCUGCGACUACGACAAUAGUAUGGGAAGAUGAAAUCGAUGGCAGGCAAAUUACCCAACUGGUAAUGAGAGUUUCUUCUGUGGAUUUGGAUGGAGGUGAAACUAUUGAAGAAGAAAGUUCAUUACAUAGACUAUACUGCUAAGUGCCUACCAUGUAAUGAAUUUGCAUUUCCAAAUUUUUGUUGCAUUAUUUAUUUAUGUUCCAAUUUAGAGGAAAACAGAAAUGCUCUGUUGUAUUUAAUUACAAUUUACUCGACUCUUAUGUACAUACAUGCAAUAACUAGUUUGAUGAAAUGAAGAAUC